AACACAAGGGACAAUGGAAGCCAUAUUCCAAAAUAAAUCUAAAUGCAUAGACAAUACGUCACUUAAGCACGCUAGCUAUACAUCACAGUUAGUUAGGUGUAUUCAGCGGUGCAAAUCACUUUGCAAGCGGCUCCGUUUAGGAAAUAUCAGAAGCUGUCUAAUUCUAUCCACACUAGAGACGCGAACGUUACAGUUGAUAGCAUCACCAGAACAUACUACAUCGGAAUUAAAGAAGACAGGUGGAACUAUGCUCCGAGUGGCCGCAAUCUAAUAACUGGGAAAGACUUCGCUGAAGAUGAGCUUGCCUCUGUGUUUUUACAACAAGGCCCACGCAGAAUUGGAUCUGUGUACAUGAAAGCAAUGUACAGGGAGUACACGGACCAAACCUAUUCCAAAGAGGUACCUAAACCUAACUGGCUGGGGUUCCUGGGCCCAGUUCUGAGGGGAGAGGUGGGCGACGUCCUGGUUGUCCACAUGAAGAACUUUGCCUCAAGGCCAUAUUCGUUGCAUCCACAUGGCAUGUCCUAUGAAAAAGACUCUGAAGGGGCUCUGUAUCCUGAUGGGACAUCUGGAAAGCUGAAGCUGGAUGAUGCUGUCCCCCCGGGAGGAAAGCACACCUACACCUGGACUAUCAAGCCCGAAUUUGCCCCCGCGGAGGGGGACGCUAACUGCCUGACCUGGGCGUACCACUCACAUGUCGAUCCCCCUCGGGACAUCUACUCUGGUCUUAUUGGGGCUCUCCUUACCUGCAAGAAAGGCACCCUGCUGCAGGUACCCAGCAAACGGACCAUGCUGAAGCGGAAAGACGUGGACCAGGACUUUGUCUUAUUAUUCACUGUAAUAGAAGAGAACCUCAGUUGGUACCUAGAGGAGAACAUCCAGACCUUCUGCUCAGAUCCCAAAGGCGUGGACCCUGAUGACGAGGACUUUCAGGAGUCCAACAAAAUGCAUGCCAUAAAUGGGUACCUGUAUGGGAACCUGCCAGGUGUGGAGGUGUGCCUGAACCAGACGGUGGCCUGGCACCUCUUUGGCAUGGGCAGUGAGGUGGACAUCCACUCUGUCGACUUCCAGGGGCACACACUGCUUAACCAGGGUCACCGUACUGAUGUCCUCAGCCUGUUCCCGGCAACCUUUAUUGCCGCAGACAUGGUCCCCAUCACCCCAGGAAAAUGGCUGAUGGGCUGCCUGGUCAAUGACCACAUACGAGCGGGGAUGCAAGCCUUUUACCAAGUUUUGAGAUGUGGAGGAAAGAACACUACUGAAGCAUCUCCUGAUGGCAGAAUAAGGCGGUAUUACAUAGCUGCUGAGGAACAGUUGUGGAAUUAUGCCCCAUUAGGAACUGACACUUCAAAUAAUCUGUCCUUGGUUGAUUCUGGCAGUCAGUCGGAGAUUUUUUUUGGAAGGCAAGGGGGUCGGCUGGGAGGGGUGUAUAAGAAGGCCCGUUAUGUGGCCUACACCAAUGGAAAUUUCACCACCAAGGUGGAGCAGAGUUCUGCAGAAAGACACCUUGGAAUUCUAGGCCCAGUGAUCCGAGCUGAAGUCGGUGACCACCUUCUGGUUACAUUCAUGAACAAGGCCAGCAGAAACUACAGCAUCCGGCCUCACGGUCUUCAGUAUGACAAGGCUUUUGAAGGCACCAGCUACCAGGACGGUGUUCCCAAUGAUGGAGCUCACGUGCGUCCGGGUGGCAAAUUCACAUACAGCUGGAGAGUGAAGGAAGGCCCCUCCCCCAGUGACCCAGCAUGCAUCUCCUACCUGUACUACUCAUCCAGUGACCCAGUCCAAGACACCAACUCCGGACUGAUGGGCCCUCUGCUGGUGUGUAGAAGGGGUGCACUGAAUGAGAGUGGGUCUCAGAUGGGCGUGGACAAGGAAUUCUUCCUGCUCUUCUCUGUGAUGGAUGAAAACCUCAGCUGGUAUUUGGAGGACAAUAUCCGCAUGUUUGGGACCAGCGAAUCAGAUGUGAAGAGUGAGGACUUUAUGGAGAACAAUAAAAUGCAUGGGGUGAAUGGACUGAUGUAUGGGAACCUGCAGGGUCUGAAUCUCUGUGUUGGGGAUCGGGUGUCCUGGCAUUCCCUUGGCCUGGGCACAGAAGUGGACGUGCAUGGGAUUUACUUCAAUGGCAACACCUUCCAGCAGGAGGGCAUGAACAGGGAUACCUUCAGCCUGUUCCCCCACACCAGGGUGACUGUUUCCAUGCAACCAGACUCAACAGGGACAUUUGAGGUGAACUGCAUUACCACUGAUCACUACCUGGCUGGGAUGAGGCAGCAGUACUCAGUGUCACAAUGCAGAGGACGAAAGGUUCCACAGGCUGCGGCCCCGCCUCCACUGGUGCAGUACUUCAUCGCUGCUGAGGAGAUCGAGUGGGACUACGCCCCCAGCAGAAAAUGUGAACUACAGAUACACGGUGGCACUGAGGAGAGCAGUCCUGGGAGCAUUUUUGUGGAGAGAGGUGAGAAUCGCAUCGGCUCCAGGUAUAAAAAGGUGGUUUACAGGGAAUAUACUGACACCACCUUCAUGACGAGGAAACCAAGGUUACCGCAAGAAGAACAUCUUCAGAUUUUGGGUCCCAUAAUCAGGGCAGAGGUUGGAGAACAAGUUCUGGUCCAUUUCAAGAACAUGGCUACCCGCCCAUUCUCCAUACAUGCCCAUGGAGUAAAGACCCCUGCUGGUCAGCUAUUUCCUGUCCAACCAGGUGGAAUACAACAAUACCAAUGGGACUUUCCAGAAAGAUCUGGUCCUGGAAGUUUAGACCCCAACUGCAUCUCAUUUGCCUAUUACUCCUCUGUUGACUUUGUAAAGGACACAGCCAGCGGGUUAUUUGGGCCUUUGGUGGUCUGUAGGAAGGGGACGCUGGACCAGAACAGGAAGAGGAGGGAUGUGGACAGGGAGUUUGCCUUGCUCUUCAUGAUUUUCAAUGAAAAUCUCUCCUGGUACUUGAAAGACAACACCCAAACCUACCUGGAUGAGGACCCCAGCACCUUCCCCAUGAACGAUGAGUUUGUGGAGGGAAAUCAAAUGCAUGCCAUCAAUGGAAAACUCUAUUGUAAUCUUCAAGGGUUGACAGUGGUGCAAGGGGAGAAGACGGACUGGUAUCUUCUUGGAAUGGGGAAUGAAGUGGAUCUACACACUGUCCAUUUCCAUGGACAGGUUUUCAUUUACAGGACAGACCUGGCUCACCGAGCGGAUGUCUAUGAACUGUUCCCGGGAACGUCUCAAACGGUGGAGAUGAUCGCAGAGAACCCUGGGACCUGGCUGCUGCACUGUCAUAUAGCUGACCAUGUUUAUGCUGGCAUGGAGGCUGUAUUCACUAUCAAGAGCAGGGCAGGUACAGAUGAUAAUUUCUCUAAUAAUGCAGGUUCUGUACUGAAAAUCUCCCUGCUUGGCCUCCGGUCAGAGGACAGGGGUUUUAUGGUGACCCUGACGAUCCUUAUUGGCCUCCGUCUGAUACUUUCUACACUUUUGUAGAAAGAUGAGGAUUUUCAUUUUCAUUGUUGAUGUCUAGAAUUGGCAUUAUAUAGCACAUAGUAAUAGAUUUACAAAGAGUUGGCAGAAUUAAAAUAUUAGCACAUUUGUUUGAAGUUGACAAAUGUUUUCAUUCCAUUGAAGUAUCCCCAUUCUUGUUUUUGGGCACCCUUGCUGUUGACAUACAUUCACUUCCACCCACAUUGCCCAAUUGAUUGUUUCCAUUUAUGCUACUCCUGUAGGGUGAUCCAGUGUACACACUUGAUAUGAUAUCAUGAUUAUGGCUGAAGUUCAUCUCUUCAGGUUAUAGGAUUAUCAAUCCAGCUGUUCUGGUCUGAAAGAAGUAUAACCAAAAAAUGCUAAAAAGCUCUCCACAGCAUGCUCUGGUAUUUUCUGAGACAA